AAUUAAUAUUGAAAACCCUACGACUCCGCACGCGUGUGGACUUUCCCACGUGCUGAACACAUUUAACGAUCCCCGGCGAGCCGCCACUUCCAAUCACACUGGUGUGGCGUCUCUUUCACUCCUAUUUUCACUGGCUCACGCAAAAACGACGCCGCUUGCCUCUCAAUAUCUGCCAUGGUUGCCUUCUGCUAACAUAUCAUUUCAUUGAUUCAUCCCUCGCAGCAUUUCUGCCACGAAGUAGCUAAUUGGUGCUAGGAAACUCUACAAUUCGUCGAAACUGCAGUCUUUAGGAAAUGGCGGGUUGUUCAUCGAGUGUUGGAAUAGCUCAUUUCAAGAACUUUGAAAACGGCGUCGUUGCGCUUGAGUGCUUUAGCUCCAAGAGUCCUUUGGCAACUAGAUUUCUGUGUUUUAGUACUAAUGGAACUAGAAGGAAUAGGAGGUUGAUUAGUAAGAGCCAAAGGCAGAGACUUGUGGUUGUUAAUGUAAUCAAUCCAGAGAUCGAGUCUAAACCAAGUCCACCAGUCACCACCACGACUGAAACGGGUGGCGUUGGUAAUGUCGUAAAAGAUGCUGCUAAUGCUGUGGAUAAGAGUUAUCUUUCCACUCCUGAUAGCAAGAGUGAUGUUGGUGGUGGUGGGGGUUUCAUUGAUGGAGGUGGCGAAAAUGGGAAGUUUCCUGGUGGUGGAGGUGGUGGCGGAGGCGGGGAUGAUGGUGGCGAUGACUACGAAGAAAGGGAGUUUGGGCCGUUACUGAAGUUUGAGGAGGUGAUUAGAGAGACCGAGGCUAGAGGGGCAAGUCUUCCAGCUGAUAUGUUGGAGGCAGCCAAGACUGUGGGAUUAAGGAAACUGCUUCUGCUUAGAUACCUAGACUUGCAGGGCUCAGCUUGGCCGCUUGGAUUCCUGAUGAGGUCAUCCUCCAUGCUUAGGAAUAGGAUGUUAGCUGAUCCAUCAUUUCUCUUCAAGAUUGGAACUGAGAUAGUCAUUGAUUCUUGCUGUGCAACAUUUGCCGAAGUGAAAAAGAGAGGAAAGGAUUUCUGGGCGGAGUUUGAAUUGUACACCGCUGAUCUUCUAGUUGGGGUGGUUGUUAAUGUCGCUCUAGUUGGUAUGCUAGCACCAUAUGCCCGAAUAGGACAGCUAUCUGCUUCUCAAGGAUUACUUGGUCGGAUGCAGAGAGGUUAUGCGGCAUUGCCUAGCAGUGUAUUUGAAGCAGAAAGGCCAGGGUCUAGAUUUUCAAUAAAUCAGAGAAUUGCUACCUAUUUCUAUAAGGGAAUUCUGUAUGGAUUGGUUGGUUUUGGAUGUGGUAUCGUUGGCCAAGGAAUCGCCAACUUAAUAAUGACAGCCAAGCGGAGCAUUAAAAAAUCAGAGGAUGAUAUUCCAGUUCCACCCCUUUUGAAGAGCGCAGCAGUGUGGGGAGUUUUUCUGGCUGUGUCAUCCAACACUCGGUAUCAGAUAAUCAACGGGUUGGAACGCAUAGUGGAAGCUUCUCCGAUGGCGAGGAAGGUUCCGCCUGUUGCAAUGGCGUUCACUGUUGGUGUGCGAUUUGCCAACAAUGUCUACGGUGGGAUGCAGUUUGUGGAUUGGGCUAGGUUGGCUGGCGCUCAGUGACCACCAUUCCCCUCGUCGUCUUCGUCCCCGUUGCCGUGUUCUUGACCAGCAGAGAAUCCUUCCAGUAGUUAUGAAUUUGCACGAACUGAUUUAUUUUCUCUUGGAAAGGCCUAUCUCUCUACAUGAUUGCUACGUGUUCUGAGUUAUUGCAGCAAGAUAUUAUUAACUGCUGCAAUACAUUGACAGAUUGGAAUAAAUUACGUUUUGAUUGCUCUGAA